AUGGCCUCCUUCCAAGCCGGGGGCGAGACAUCGCGGCCCUCCAAAAUUCCAUUCUGGCGUCUCGUGUUUGACCAAAAGGUCAUAACGGAGGAAGUUGCCUCGUUUCCAUACCCGGGGUCUGGCACUGAAGAGGACCCAUUUGUUGUGACCUGGCUACCGCGCGAUCCUCGCAACCCUAUGAACUUCGGAGCCGUGAAGAAAUGGUCGAUCACGAUUCUGGUGUCAUUCGUCACACUAGCGGUCGCCUUGGUCUCAUCGGCGUACUCUGGAGGUCUGGGCCAAAUUGUUGAACAAUUCCAGGUGGAGGAAGAAAUCGCUAUUCUUGGCGUGUCGCUCUUCGUACUUGGAUUCGCAAUUGGGCCAUUGAUCUGGGCACCACUCAGUGAGAUUUUCGGUCGUCGUCAUAUCUUUACUAUCAGCUUUACCUUCUUGACUGCGUUUAACGCAGGUGCUGCUGGUGCGACUAAUAUCCAGACUUUGAUCAUCUUGCGAUUCCUCGCAGGAUGUUUCGGUUCAUCCCCGUUUGGUAAUGCGGGUGGCACGAUCGCCGAUAUGUUUACUGCCUCACAGCGUGGUAUUGCUAUAAGUUUCUUUGCUGCGGCUCCAUUCCUGGGCCCUACUAUUGGGCCUAUCAUCGGAGGUUUCCUAGCCACUGGUGCUGGCUGGCGCUGGGUUGAAGGCUUCCUUGCUGCUUUCUCUGGCGCGCUCUGGCUGUGCAUCAUCUUUCUGCUGCCUGAAACUUACGCCCCAGUGUUAUUGCGUCGUCGCGCAGCUAAGUUAUCCGAAAUCACUGGCAAAGUAUACCGCAGCAAACUUGAUAUCGAGCGUGGGCCUAUUCCGAUGGGCAGGACUCUGAAAACGGCUCUCUCACGCCCGUGGGCUCUGCUUUUCCGAGAGCCUAUCGUUUUCCUUUUUUCUAUCUACAUGUCUAUUAUCUACGGAACUCUUUAUAUGCUUUUUGCCGCGUACCCGAUUGUCUUUCAAGAGGUUCGCGGGUGGAGCGAGGGCAUCGGCGGUCUUGCCUUCUUGGGAAUCCUCGUCGGUAUGGUCAUCGCUGUGGCGUAUACCUUCCCUGAAAACAUGCGUUACGCGAGAAAGUGCAGAGAGACUACCGACCGUCUCCCUCCAGAGUUACGAUUGCCUCCAAGCAUGGUGGGCGGCACUGCCCUCCCCGUCGGACUCUUUUGGUUCGCUUGGACCAAUUACCCCAGCAUCCACUGGAUGGCAUCCAUCGCCGCCGGGGCUCCGUUCGGUUUUGGCAUGGUGCUUGUCUUCUUAAGCGUGUUCAACUAUCUGAUUGAUUCGUACACCAUAUACGCUGCCUCGGUGCUAGCUGCGAAUUCAGCUCUUCGAUCGCUGUUCGGCAUGGCCUUUCCACUCUUCACAACCUACAUGUAUCACAACCUGGGCAUCCACUGGGCAUCAUCUAUUCCAGCAUUCCUGUCACUGGCCUGCGUGCCAUUCCCGUUUAUCUUCUACAAAUACGGGGCCCAGAUUCGUCAGCGAUGCACUUACGCCGCCGAGGCAGACGCCUUCAUGCGCCGUCUCGCUGAGCAAAACCAGGUCGAGAUUCGACGUGAGGAAGCCGCAACACAAAUUGAAACAGAGAAGAAUGAGGUUUCUGAAGAUGUCUCGGAUGAUACCAGUGAUACAGAAAGUCUGUCAACCGUUCCUUCGCGCAUCACUCUGGGACGGUUUGCAUCACGGGCAUCUCGCCAGUCUGGGCGGUCGAUGCAUCGCACCGCUACGGCGACGCAAUAUGAGGAGAAUCCAUAUGACCUUGACUUGGUGAACACUCGACAGUCUGCCAUUAGCACUCAUCGCCGGGAUUGA